GUUAAUGGCUACCUAGAAUGAGUUAGCUGAUUGCCUUGUGUUCAAAUUCUGUGUACUUAUACCGUGUUACUCACUCGCAUUCGAUACAUUGUCGGCAAAAUGUUAAUUACACUGAAGACAUUACAACAGCAAACCUUCAAAGUCGAGAUCGACAAUGAAUCCAGCAUUAAAGCCUUGAAGGAGAAAAUAGAAGCUGAGAAAGGAUCUUCAGAUUUUCCAGCAGGUGGUCAGAAACUAAUAUAUGCUGGGAAAAUAUUGGAAGAUGAGAAAUCCGUGGGAGAGUAUAAUAUUCAGGAGAAAAAUUUUGUCGUAGUUAUGGUUACAAAGCCAAAGUCUCAGCCUGCAAUGCCGGUGGAAGGAAAAGCGAUGGACACCACAACAACAUCUGGAGCUACAGCCAGUGCUGCUGCUCCAUCAGGGGAUGCUGAAGCAAAAGAACAGAAAACAGAGGAGAAAAUGGAAGAAUCAAAGGAAAAAAGUUCCGAGCCUGUGGCUGCCACAGCAGCUGCCCCCGAGGCUGCGGAGUCGACAGCAGCACGCACAGCUCCCACACUGUCUCCUGAGGAGGUGGAAUCGGGCUUGAGCUUGACGUCUGCUGAGAGCACCCUAGUGACCGGUACCGCCUACGAGAACAUGAUCAUGGAGAUCAUGAGUAUGGGGUUUGAGCGGGAUCAGGUUGUGCGAGCUCUGAGAGCCAGCUUUAACAACCCGGACAGGGCUGUGGAGUAUCUGCUAAGUGGUUUUCCUGAAGAAGAGACAGCUCCUCCAGCUCAGGUUCCUCAACAACCAGCGCCCGCAGCAGGUCAACAACAACAACAACAGCCACCACCUCCCCAGCCAGCACCUGUUAGUCAACCUACUCCACCCACAUCCACCCCACCAGCUGCAGCCACUGGAACGGCUGGCUCUGGAACGGGCACUGGUACAGGUACUGCCACGACUGGUACUGCGGGCUCGACAGGUGAAGAUUCUUUAGCCUUUCUUAGAAACACACCACAGUUCCAACAGAUGAGAGAACUUGUUCAGACAGAUCCCAGUGUACUUCCAGCUAUCUUACAACAAAUAGGUCAGACAAGGCCAGAAUUACUACAGUUAAUUGACAGAAAUCAGCAGAGGUUUGUAGAGAUGCUUAAUGAGCCUGUGGCUGGGGGUCAGUCUGGAGGCGGGGGAUCGGGGCAGGCUGAGGGACAGGCACAGGGGGCGGGGGCACCUUCACCUAUGCCUGGCGUCAUACAUGUUACUCCUGCAGAAAAAGAUGCAAUAGAAAGGCUGCUGCCCCUGGGAUUCCCAGAAAGUGACGUUAUUCAAGCAUAUUUCGCCUGUGAUAAGGACGAAGAAUUAGCAGCCAAUUUACUGAUUUCCAGGGUUUUGAAGAAGAUCCCUCACAGCAAAGUUGAUUUGACAAGCCAUCGUGGAAGAGACAUUUAAACUACCAGUGAAAAAGAAAUAUCUGUAUUACCUUGAAUGGAGACGCUUGUUUUUGCUAAGACAGGAAGUACUAUUUGCCAAAAAAGAAAAAAAGUGCUUUGGUAAAUAAAUCGGUGUGGAUGCCAGUUCAAUAUUGUUCUCAAAACAGAAAAGCAGGCCCAUGUACUAUGUAUGUGCAUUUUUCUUUGUGAGGGGAAAAAAGCAACAGAAACAUGUAGUCAGUUUAGAUGUAUAAUUUUAAUACAGAUCUAAGUACUUUUAUAUACAAGGCAGUGUACAUGUAGUGACAAAGAUCUGGUCUUGCUUGUUACCGUAGUGGUCAUCUUCGGCGAGUGUGUGGCUGCUUUAGUGCCGUUUGAAAAAGAUCAGUCUGACAUGCUGCUGAAAUGGAAACCGGAGCUUACAGCCACUGUCCAUACUCCCCCCACAAGCAAGGUACACUAUACACAAACUAAGGAACCCUCAGCCUUCUGGUAUGUUAUGUAUUAUUAGGCAACGUGAUUGAAGUUGAACAACAUUAUUGUGUACAAAAUUUCUUCUCACAGGUACGUCUUAGUGUUUACGGAAAAGCGGAUACAAAUUAAAAAACCGUCUCUUAAGAAUUCCGUUUUGUAGAGAAUUUGCCCGUUCAAGGGUUAUAUAAUAGAUGUGAGUUGCCUCCCUUGGGUUGUGUUACCUCCUCCGCAUUACUCAGUCUACCCCGCGCUCUCCCCUCCAGUUUCUAGCCGAAUGCACUUUCUUUUCCAAGUUCACAUAUGUACAAAUACCAGUAAUCUAUAGAGCGAAACUUAUCAAAACAAUUGGUAAAGUGUAUUGUCUUUGUUCCAACACUGAAAACAUCGUCUCUGAUGUUACUCUUUCACUCCAGCUAUUCAUGUUCUUCAUUGGACUCUGUUGGACAUACGUGUAUGGGUGCACCUCUUAGCAGCGAAUGUACAGUUAAUAGUAGUUUUUACUGGAAUUCUCAACAGUUGCUUUCGUUGGUUUAUACACUGUAUGUACAUGCCUUAUCAACAGAGUUCGACGGGGAAGGUCCUUGAUGAAAUUCACUUCUUGAUUUACACCUGUAUUAGUUGUAAAAGACGAGAGGCCAGUUGCAAGGGUUGUAUAUCAGAGAAGAAUGCACUGUUAUAUGGGUGUUCAGCUUUCCUUUCCAGAGAUUUCUUAUUGACUUUUCCGAUUAGCUAUGUGGGGUUUUCUGUACUAUAAAUUAUAUGCAUAAGAUCACCUCAACGGCAGUGCAUCCGAGCAUCUCUCGCUCUUUGUUCUUUCCAUGCCAUU